GCGGCGCGCCGCGUGACGAAGCUGCGAUCCGCCUUCCUGAAGGCAGCGCCAGUAGCUGACCAUGGCGACCGCUGCGGAGCACUGGGUUCUGGUGGAGAUGGUCCAGGCGCUUUACAAGGAAAAGGAAGAAUUGAUUGAAGAGUGGCAGCCAGAACCUCUUGUUCCUCCCAUCUCGAAAGACCAUCCUGCUCUCAACUACAACGUCGUUUCAGGACCCCCAGCCACAACAUUGUGGUGAAUGGAAAGAAAUGUGUCAUCUUUGCCUCCUUUAAUUUCCCGAGAUUGUUGGAUAACGCUCGGGUUAAGAUGUGCACUUGGAUUUGGAAGACCACCUGGCAAAAUUCAUGAAGACAGAAGAAGCCAUCAUCUGCUCCUACGGGUUUGCCACCAUAGCCAGUACAAUCCCCGCUUACUCCAAGAGAGGCGACAUUAUGUUUGUAAUCCUCAUAUGGCUCAGGUCACUCAACGUUUCAUCAUCAUGGAAGGGCUAUAUAUGAACACUGGGGCUAUCUGUCCUCUCCCAGACCUGCCUGAUGCGUCCUUAUCACCACGCAAGAAAUACAGGAAGAGCAGGAAGUACCUAGGGGAGCCACGGAGAAGGAGCAAGAAAAGGAAGAAAAACCAGACUCUGGAAGUUUUCAGAGAGUUCCUGCAAGAUUUGGAAGAGGUUCAGGACCUGUUCUCCCUUCUGCAAAGCCACCUGGCGAGGCUCUCUGACCAGGGGGGCUUUCACCAGUUCUUACCGCAAGCAGCACCUGGACAGGUGUGCUGAGGACUGCCAGUUGGAGCUCGUCAGCCAUGCAGGGAGCCUGUGGAAGAUACUGCUCCUGCCAUGGCCCCAUCACCUGCCCAUGCUCCACCGACGGGACCCUCUUGGCCUCCUGCCUCCACCCUGCCAGCAGGACCAAUGACCUCCUCAAUUUCUGUUGGUUCACACUCCUCCCUGAGUACUUCCUGGCUAGCAGAGACUUUCCUCCUCCCGGAUGGCUUUUGACACUAGCCACUUGCUCUUCCCCCUUCCCCGCCAUGUCUCCGUCCUUCAGAGGCCUCCCCUUGGCCUCUUGACAGCCUCCUUGGCCCCAGAGCGGCCAGACUUUCCUUUGACUCUCCCUCAGUGUGACUCAAGGGCAGCCCCUCCAUGCUGUAUCCCACAGAGCUUGGCUCUGCACACGUCUUGGUCAGCUGACAGGACAGCUUCUCCUGUCCCAGCCAAUUCGGGCCUGAGCUGCUCACGCUGCCCCAUUUUGGUCCUGUCCUGGUGGCAGGCGGCUGCCAAAGCCUGGAGCCUGUGCACCUCAACACAGAGUCCCAUCAAGGGCCUCUGUACCAUGGCCCACCAGAAGCCUUGUUCUGGGGACACCCCACACACAGACAGGGAGAGACUAGAUUGCCCCCCUCAUCAACCCAGACGUCCAGAAGCCUCUCGAGAUACUCAUCGCCAAGAGAACAGACUGAAGUUUUGGAAGGAGAAGGAAAAGAAGGAAAGGUCAAACUAUCAGCUGACCUCUUUUGGGAGAAUGUUCACGUCCCCAGGUGAUGGGCAGGACACCAUGGGCUGCCCGUCCUUCUGGAGCAUGAGAGGCAAAGCAAAACAGCUGCUUGGUCCUGAGAAGCCCCCACAUCCCAAGAUUCCAGGGGACAAUUUGGAGCAGAAAUGCAACCAGCUCUUCUGGGGUCUCCCCUUUCUGCACAGUGAGUCCCUGGUGGCCACUGUCAGGGUGACCGAUACCCAACUGGAGUUCCCAUCCAUCAUAUUCAAUGAGCUCUCUCAUACCUUGCUGCUCCAGAUUCAGGCCAUUGUGGUUCCCCACCUCUCACUGACACAGGACGUACAUGACACUUUGGCCCCGCCCCAACUCUUGACUCUGAGCUUGUCCCUGUCCCAGUCCCUGCGUCUGGCUAGGUCCCAGCCUCUUCCCCCCCCCCCUGCCCAUCAGCCCCAGCCACUCCCUCUGGACCAGGCCCAGCUCUGGUCUCUAGCUCAGUCCCAUCCCAGGCCUGGCUUGCACCCUCUAUCCCAGUGGGACCACCUUCUCUGCCACUGGAGAUGGGUACCUAUGAGGUGUCUUGCCCUGUAUCCCAGAAGACACAGUCUUACAUGUCAACUGCCAUUCAAAACCUGGAAUGUCACUUUCUGAAGAAGCAACUAGAAAGCAGCAAGGUACCCGCUGUGUUGAAAAAAUCUCAGGAAGUCUUCAGCCCAGGUCCUCCAGACCUUCCCCAGGGUGGCCAUGCCCCUGAAG